UUCAUCGCUUCCAGCUGCACUAGCACACUGUUCAUCUUCCAAGAUAUGUGAAUUUCAGCUUCCCAGGAAGAAGAGGGCAUCUUUCUUGGAAGCUCCGACUAGGCUCUCCGUUCGAUGCGUUAAGGCCUCGGCGGAGAGAACCGGUGACACCAUCGAUGACGGGAAGACUCGGGGCGGAGGGUUCACCAACCCGGCCAUGGAGGUUACCACAUUCAACCGCGGUUUCAACGACGCUGACUUCCCCGUUUGGGAAAAGAUUGGUGCUGUUGUUAGACUAAGCUAUGGGAUCGGGAUCUACGGUGCCAUGGCUGUUGCUGGGAGUUUUAUAUGCUCGAUCACAGGAAUUGACUCUCUCGGAGGUUUCCAUCUAUCAUUAGAUGCAAUCUUGGAAGGGCUUGGAUAUGCGGCUCCUCCAAUUAUGGCUCUUCUGUUUAUACUUGAUGAUGCAGUUGUGAAACUAUCACCCCAUGCCCGAGCAAUCAGAGAUGUAGAGGAUGAAGAACUCUGGAGCUUUUUCUAUGGGAUGUCCCCUUGGCAGUUUAUAUUGAUGGUUGCUGCAAGUUCAGUGGGAGAGGAACUCUUCUACAGGGCUGCAGUUCAGGGAGCGUUGGCUGACAUAUUUUUACGAGGCAGUAAUCUUAUCUCAGAUGUGCAAGGAAUGGCAUCCUUGACAGGGGUAUUGCCUCCGUUUGUACCUUUUGCGCAAGCGUUUGCAGCUGUACUCACAGCUGUUCUUACUGGUUCUCUCUAUUAUGUGGCUGCCUCGCCCAAAGAUCCCACUUAUGUUGUGGCACCUGUUUUGCAAUCUCGCUCGGGCCGUCAAGAUUUGAAAAAGCUGUUUGAAGCAUGGUAUGAGAAGCGCCAAAUGAAAAAGAUAUAUUCCCCUCUUCUUGAAGGACUUCUUGCCCUCUACUUGGGUUUUGAAUGGAUUCAAACAAAUAACAUUCUAGCUCCCAUUAUCACACAUGGCAUAUACUCAACGGUUAUAUUGGGACAUGGCCUUUGGAAAAUUCAUGACCACCGGCGUAGACUACGGCAAAGAAUCCAACAGCUCAAAUCAGAAGAAAGAUAUUCCAAGUAGAUUUUGAAAUACCAUCCAUGGCUGACGCAGCUUGGUGAAAAAUUGUAUAUGUAUUAGAGUUGUUAAUCUUGUAAAGGAAAGUUGUAUAAUUAUGUUAGUUGAGAUCUCUUACAUACAGAAUAAGCAAAAGUUCUGAUUACAAAAAUUUUCCAGUUA